AUCAGUUUUUUCACUUACGCUGUAAGUGUAUUUCUAAGUGGGUUUUAUUAUCCUAUCAUACAUUAAGAUGAAACGUGGAGAAUAAUUCCCAUUUCAAAUACAAUUUUAGAACUUGAGGGAGUUUUAGAUCAUAUAGUUGGACUUUACUUUUGAUGGGAUGGUGUAUAGAAUUCAAAGAGAUCAAGUGUGAAUUGCUCAGUUUUACACAGGAUUUUGGCACAACUACCCAUCUCUAAUAUCCAGGAAUAUUGUGUCCCAGUUCAAUAAUAUUUUGAUGUGUGUCUUUUUUGGACCUGUUUAAAACAACCUGUCAUUGGCUUAGUGUAACUGUUUGUAACUCUUAAUGACUGUUAUUUUACAAUAAAAAUUCCUUUUAUUUGUUAUAACAGCUUGCAACCAACUAAUGGAAGAUAAGAAUCAGACAAUAGUGCUGGAUUUCUUGGGCUUCACAGAUCAUCUCCGUCAGCAGAUUGUUCUCUUCAUCACGUUUCUCUUUGUUUAUUUGGUCACACUAUGGGGUAACAUGGGAAUGAUCACACUGAUAUGGACCGAUUCCAAACUCCACAGUCCUGUGUACUUUUUUCUCAGCCACUUGUCCUUUGUUGAUAUUUGUUCCUCUUCUUCCAUUGCUCCGAAAAUGCUGUGUAACAUCUUUGUGGAGAGAAAAGGCAUCUCUUGCCUGGGUUGUGCUACACAAAUGUGGUUCUUUGGUCUCUUUGUAGCAACUGAGUGUUUCCUCUUGGCUUCCAUGGCAUAUGAUAGGUAUGUGGCCAUCUGUAAGCCCUUGUUAUACACACUCAUUAUGUCCCAGCGGGUCUGUGUGCAGCUAGUGGUAGGGCCUUACGCUGUGGCUGUUGUAAGCACCGUGACCCAUACAACACUGACUUUUUGCUUACCCUUCUGUGGUCCAAAUAUCAUUAAUCACUUUUUCUGUGAUAUUUCACCACUGCUCUCCCUGGCAUGUGCAGAUACCUGGAUCAAUAAGUUGGUGCUUUUCAUCUUGGCUGGAUCUAUAGGAGUACUCAGUGGUCUGAUCAUCAUGAUCUCCUAUGUUUGUAUCCUGGUGGCCAUCUUGAAGAUCCAGUCUGCUGAUGGAGGGAAAGCCUUCUCCACGUGUUCUUCUCAUCUGGCAGCUGUCUUUAUCCUAUAUGGGACACUUUUCUUUAUUUAUGUUCGGCCUAGCUCAAUUUCCUCCCUCAAUAUCAAUAAAGUGAUUUCCUUAUUUUAUACUGUGGUAAUCCCCAUGUUGAACCCCCUCGUCUACAGCCUGAGAAACAAGGAGGUGAAAGAUGCAUUCCAGAGAAAACUUGAAAGAAAAAACUUUCUAAUAGGUAGGUAAAAUAGCAUUUUUGUUUGUGUUGUU